AUGAGGCGCCUGGCGAUGUUUGGUGCUGCCGAUCGCGGAAAGCAAUAUGUCAUGAGAUGGAUGCAUCACGUCGUCACACCGUUUGAUUACGAAGCAGCCGCCUUAGGCCAGAGGGAAACGGUCGCCUAUGAACGACAUCGGACAUGGCACUUGGGUUUUUCCCAUGUCGUCAAAAAGAUGCACCGGGCGGCGACACACAUUGCGGGUAGCAUGACGGAAGUGGUCCCAUUUCCGCCAAUGAAAACUCCUUGGUCGUAUAUGAUCAUAAUACAACUUGGACCCAACACAAGGGACAAGGGUCCCGGAGAAGGGAACUCUCGACCGGAGAUCUCUCAACCGGAGAUACUCUCGACCGGAGACGCCCAUCCGGAGCGCCUCAGAUCUACUCCAAACCCCAGAAUUUGUAGGGAGGAACGCCAAAGGCUUCCAGCCUUCAUACCCGUUCCGAAUGCAAACCAUUUACGGAUACUGCGUACUUUGUCCAACGAGACUGGUGAACAGAUCAGCCCCUCCCCCAAUCAGGCCCUCCACAAAUCAUUGGCGGGGAAGCCCAUUGGCAGUACUCGAGCCCCCCUCACCCGGUGUUGUCCGUCUUGUCCCAAAUUCCCAACAAACCUCUCCAGGCUUGGCCCCAACUACUUCGUACUUUCGUCCAUACCUCACACCCCCCCUUUCUCAGACAUCAUUCAGAUCGUCGUUCGACCCGCCCUCUUUGUAUUGCCCGUUGCUGCCGCAUGGGACGACUAG